CGCACACAAAACGCACCCCCACACUGUGUGUGUCCGACUUCUCUCUCUCCCUCUCUCUCUCUCUCUUCCCUAUCAGGUCUCAUCCCCUUCUCCCGUCUCCGGUCUCAUCCAUCCCUCUCCCUCCCUCCCUCCGCCUCUCCCUAAACCUUGAACUUGUCUUCUCAAAUCACUCAUCCGACAGACAGAGCCGGACCCACAUGGAGUUCUCAACCGAGGAGGAUGACGCUGAGUACGAGGACGUCCUCAUGGUGGCGGACACACUCGUCCAACUCCGCCGGUUAUUCCGCCGCGAGACCGAGUCCGGAAAUCGCCGCGCCUACACUUUCAAUUUGAGAUGGGGGGCCAAGGGGAAGAGGAGCGACAGAUCGCCGCCAAAUGACGCUGUGGGCCCCGCCCCUGCCCCUGCCCCUGCCCAUGCCCGCGCCGCCCCCGAACCCGCCCCCGUUGAGUCGCGACCCUCCAAGGUGUGGACUGAAGCCUCCAGCCCUGAUACCCCCCUCCUUGCUUCCUACUCCGGGGGAAGCUCCGACCCCAAAUCCGCCACCGCAGCCGCCACCAAAAGGAAGCCUGUCAAACGGGCGAGGGAGGUGCUGCGGCUGGCCGAGGCAGAGGCACAAAGGGAGAACGACAGCCUUAAAGUGGUUUCAUGUCAGGAAAUUAAGAACCUCAGACGGAAGAUCGAUAGGGAGAAUUCUCUCAACACGGAGUUGAAAAGGACGAGAAAGCUGUUAAUUCGCGGUAAAGAAAACGAGAAAGCCCAAUGGGAGGAGGAGGUCGACACUUGCUUGACUCUCGGAGUACUAUCUUCCUCUCCUGCUAAGGAACCUUAUCCCCACGUUCCGGUCCUCAGUGUACCCGAACCGUUGAUCCCCGAUCGGACGGCUGUCAGAGCGGAUAAGAACAGCAAUUCCGGAGCUGGGCCGCGGGAAUCGCCGUCAUUACGGCCCGGCGUGGUAUUGCUAAAUCUGAGUCUGGACCGGGCGCGCUCGCUUCCGGAUCUGAACGUCCCGUUGGAGGAGAAUGGCAGCAACUCUCCGCCGCAGGAUCACCCGAUCCCAGGCAGCAGGCUGCUGAGCAGAACUGCCGCAGCCGAGGCGAGGAUGCGUCGGCAUCUUAUUAUGAAGGCAAAGCUCCGGCGGGCGGCAUGAUGCUCGAAUUAAUCGGGAGAAAAAAAAUGUGUUAGGAUUUCUUUUUUUUAAUAAUAAUAUAUUUUUUUUCUUAUGAGAUUUCUAUUCCAUUUCACACAAGUGUAAAUGAAGAUCUGGCUUAGGUACGACAUUUUUUUUUUCCUUGCCCAAAUAAGGCAAUGUCUUUUUGGGAAAUCAUUAUAUUCCAACGAUCAAUGGAAAAUUGCGUUUCAGUUUC